AUGCUGGCUUUGGCCACUCUAUUGCUCGCAUUCGGUCAAUCGAUAUUAGCAGAAGACUCCGAGGUGCAAAAGUGUUACUCGUGCUCCUCGCCGCGACUCCAUUUGCGAUGGCCAAAAUCUUCGGAAAAUCGUCUUCUCUACCUCCGGGAUUUCCCUCAUUUCGCCAAUGAGUCGUGUGAACAGAUUCGAGGCUCUCUUCCCGUCGUCGAUUGCCCGAAUAGUGUUUGCAUUAAAGCGGUGAUUAAAGAACCGCCAGCGAAAAGGGAAGCAUGCGUUGAGGGCGGAGCGAUUGUGCGAGAUUGCUGGAGUCGAGUGAUGAGCCUUUUCCCGUACGCUUUGAAGCCGCCAAAAACGAAGAAAGAUCAUGUUCGUCUAAUCGAGCCGGGAGAGAGCGGCGAAGAUGUCGAGGCGACGAUCGGUUUCAUUUACACGUGUAAAGGGUAUUUGUGCAAUGGAAACACCAAAAUUUCCACGAUUCUCUCAAAUGUUCUAUUGCUAUUGCUUGUAUUCACAAAAGUGUUUCAAAUG